AGAAUAUUCGGUUACGAUAAUCUUAGAGGUUUAAAAGAGGAACAUAUUCGAGUCUUGUCUUGAUUGUGUUAGCUCGUGUGUCGCCUGAGUGAGAGAGAGAGAGAAAUAGAGAAUCAAUAAUGGAAUCGCCGGGACCGGAGACGGUGGUGGCUAAAGUAGCCGUAAGGUCAUCUGUGAUAGAGUCGAUCAAAGGGUGGUCGUCGUUAUCUGGGGUUCGGAUUCGUAAAGAUGAGCUGAGGCAGAAGAUUACGAUGCCGGAAUAUUUACGCCUCGCUAUCAAAGAUGCCAUUGCAUCAAAAGACAUCGACGCCGGAAAACCUCAUUACGAACUCAUUUCCACCGGUCACGACAAACCGCCGCAAGUCGCCCCUGAAUCGCCGCUGAUUGUUUUCAUUAAUUCCAAGAGCGGUGGACGCUAUGGCCCGGAACUUAUGGCUAGGUUGCAGGAUUUAAUGGGGGAAGAACAGGUUAUUGACCUUCUGAGUGUAAAGCCUCAUGAGUUUAUUCAAUAUGGUUUGGGUUGUCUCGAGAAGCUUGCUAGUAUUGGUGAUGGGUGUGCUAAAGAAACCCGUGAAAGAUUAAGAAUUGUGGUUGCGGGUGGUGAUGGAACGGUAGGAUGGGUUCUUGGGUGCCUAGGAGAGCUUCAUAAAGCCGGGCGGGACCCGGUUCCACCAACCGCAAUUGUCCCUCUUGGCACUGGAAAUGAUUUGUCAAGAAGUUUUGGUUGGGGUGGAUCAUUUCCUUUCAAUUGGAAAGCAGCUAUAAAAAAGACUCUUGAUAAGUCUAUUCGUGCUCCAACUAGUCGCCUCGAUAGUUGGAAUCUUGUAAUAUCAAUGCCAAAUGGCACAGAUUUGGAUGCACCUUAUUCCUUAAAACGAACAGAAGAAGUUGUUCUUGAUCAGGAUCUAAAAGUUGAUGGACCAUUGCCUGAAAAAGUUUCUUGCUACCAAGGAGUUUUUUAUAAUUACUUCAGCAUAGGAAUGGAUGCACAAGUGGCUUAUGGGUUUCAUCAUCUAAGAAAUGAGAAACCUUAUCUUGCACAAGGUCCUAUUUCAAACAAGAUAAUUUACUCGAGUUAUAGUUGCAAACAAGGGUGGUUUUUUACACCUUGUAUAGCUGAUCCAAGUUUGAGGGGACUAAAUAACAUCUUGAGGCUGCAUGUUAAAAGGCUCAACAGCACAACAUGGGAACCUAUUGCUAUUCCAUCAAGUGUUAGGUCAAUAGUCGCUUUGAAUCUUCAUAGUUAUGCAAGUGGAAGGAAUCCAUGGGGUAACUUGAAGCCUGACUAUUUACAAAAGAAAGGUUUUGUUGAGGCUAAAGCAGAUGAUGGUCUUCUAGAAGUUUUUGGCUUUAAACAUGGAUGGCAUGCAUCAUUUGUUAUGGCCGAUCUAAUCUCAGCCAAACACAUUGCACAGGCUUCAGAGAUUCGGUUUGAGUUGAGAGGUGGAGCUUGGAAAGAAGCUUUCAUGCAGAUGGAUGGAGAACCAUGGAAGCAACUGAUGAACAAUGAGUUCUCAACUUUCUUGGACAUCAAAAGGGUACCUUUUCAGUCAGUCAUGAUCAAAGGAUAGUGAUACAAACCAUUUGAGCUCAUAGGAUUGGGAACUUAGUGGUGUUAAAUAC